AUGUCCUCUUGCGCAACCAAGGUGUUCUCCCGACGAUACAUCAAUGAGUCGCUCGGCUUCUGCGCCGAAAGCAUGAACCGGUUCAAGCCGUUUGGAAAGGGUGAUAUUACAGUACCUGGGGAUACCACGAUCAAGGCCACAACGACCCGAGACAUGUCCUCGCGUACAAGGCUCCCAACCACCCCGGAGAUCGUCGACGCAAUUCAAGAGUUCGUCCGCAUCCGCCGCCAGUCUCGUCAACGUACCGUCGCAAAUGACGUCGCCCACUUCUAG